CCUCUGCUAAAUGUUGAUUGGCUCUGUAAGGAGGUGGUCGAAGCAUCGGUUGUUAAACUCGACCGUUGAUUGGCUGGUUACGCCUGUCUAUUACUUUCGCUAGAUUCUAACGUCAAAUGAACGCUUGUAAUGUUACUUUUUUUGAUUGCCCAAAAUGUCACACAGAUUGGAAAUGAUGGGAUGUAAAUUCAUUCUUAUUCACAGUGGUUAUCUCUGUCCCCGGUGUGUCUCUCUUAUAAAUAAUUAGUAUUGGAUGAUGAUAAUAGGACGUUCACAACUGAUUAGUCACUGUGGGGUCCACUGAAAUGUCUCUUUAGUGUAGUGUGUGUGUGUGUCAGCAGUGAACAGAACCCUUCCUUGGGGUGCAAAGAUAGUGAUCUUAGUCCCAUGGUAGGCAGAGUUAAUGGUGAUACUGUGCUGGUGUCAGACAGCCCAAUCAAAAUGAUGUGAGGGACAGAAAGGCCACUUAAAGGUCACAGGUGAUGAGAUUCCCAGUGGCACUGUUGACAUCAGGUAUCGUUCAGCAUUUUAAUCACAACUUUUCUUUUCCUCUGAGUGCAUUGUUGCCCGUAAAGGUCUCCAGCCUUAUCUCGAGGUAUGACGAAGACUGGAGGUGAGUUCAGGUCCUCCUCGCUGAUGCUAGGCCCUAUAAAAGGUGGAAAGAACAUCCAAAAAGAAACACAAACCACAGAGACACUUAAACAUACCUUCGAGAUACCUUCAGUAUUUGUUCAGCAUCAUGUGGAAGGCAGCGCUCUUGACCCUGGGCUUGUUGGUGGCUCUGGUAGACAGGGUGCGCCCCAAUGACGGUCAUCCCUCUUUUUAUGGGGUGAAACUGUGUGGAAGAGAGUUUAUACGAGCUGUCAUCUUUACCUGUGGUGGUUCUCGCUGGAGGAGAAGCGCAGAAGACUCGGCAUUUAUUGGAGAAGAGACCUAUGAUCCAUGGAAGGCAAAUCCCAUCCCUCAAUUUAUGAGCGAGCAAGAUCCUGCAGAGUCCGAACCAUGGAAAAAUCCAGCAUUAGAUGUGGCAUCUGUAGCAGCAGGACUCAGCCGCUCAGCUCGCUCACCGAUAACAGAAGAGGUCCUGGAGGCUCUACGGAGCGCAGACAGGAAAGGACGGGACGUAGUGGUUGGACUGUCCAAUGCUUGCUGCAAGUGGGGCUGCAGCAAGAGUGAAAUCAGCUCUCUCUGCUGAACUUCAAUUUUUCUAAAUAUACACCCUGUUCUGUUCAAAAUGAAGAACUUUACUCCCAUACACAAUGAACGGCUUGAACGAAAGUGAAAUGUCCACUUUCGUUCAACUACCUGUCCAUAAUGUGAAUGUCUUCUUGAUAUUUGUUUGCUCUGGUUGAUGUGGUUGUUUAAUAAAGCUUUGCUUA